GGUUUACUGUCAAUCCUGCGUAAACUGAAAAGCGCCCCAGACCAGGAGGUGAGAAUCCUCCUCUUGGGACUGGAUAAUGCAGGCAAGACCACACUCCUGAAACAGCUGGCAUCUGAGGACAUCAGCCAUAUCACGCCGACACAGGGUUUUAACAUCAAAAGUGUACAGUCUCAAGGCUUCAAGCUAAAUGUAUGGGACAUAGGCGGACAGAGGAAGAUCAGGCCAUACUGGAGGAACUAUUUUGAAAACACUGAUAUCCUUAUCUAUGUCAUUGACAGUGCAGAUCGGAAAGAAACGGGUCAGGAGCUGGCUGAGCUUUUGGACGAAGAAAAGCUUAGUGGAGUCCCCGUGCUCAUAUUCGCUAACAAGCAGGAUUUGCUGACGGCUGCCCCUGCUUCGGAGAUUGCCGAGGGACUGAACCUGCACACAAUCCGGGACAGAGUCUGGCAGAUCCAGUCUUGUUCAGCUCUUUCAGGAGAGGGAGUACAGGACGGCAUGAAUUGGGUGUGCAAAAAUGUCAAUGCUAAGAAGAAAUAAAGCGUUCUGAGCUGCAUGGAAAUGGAGGAGCGAUGGGAGCAGAAUUCUAGCCUGAAAACACUAAUUUGCUGCUUUCUGACCAAAUGUUUUUCCAUCUGUGCACAGCUACAGCUGUUAAAAGAAAAAAAAAAAAA